AUGAGUGAGGAUGAGCCGCCAUACCAGUUGCCCGGCGUCAACCUUGACGCCACCAUCCGCACCGAUGUUAUCGAGCUGUCGAAAGAUUCCGGCGCCGCCCGCGCGCUGCUGCUGUGCUCGCUGCUGACCGCCGCGCGACCCCAGGCGCACCAGAUUCGCUCCGACUGGGGUCUGCAGGACAACGGCUACGUGCUGGCGUUUGUGAACGUGACCUACCGCGAGCCGGGGGCCCACGAGCUGAGCUACAGGGGCGGCGAGAUCGGCAAGUACUCGACGGGCCUCGUGACGAGCGUGACGGGCCGCCUCGUGCACGCCCGCUCGCGCAACGGCACCGCCCACCACGGCUGCGACGCCGUCUGGGAGAACGUGCUGCCGAGCGAGCCGUGGGUGGCUCUGGUGCGCCGCGGACUCUGCAACUUCGACGUCAAGGUGGAGAACGCGUACCGCAACAACGCGUCGGCGGUGGUCAUCUACGACUACAAGGAGGGUCGUAACCCACACCGCAUCCACCUGACCAGUCGGCACCGCAACACGAUCGUUACCAUCUAUAUCCCGAAGGAGCAGGGCGAGGAUCUGGCGUAUCUGACCGACAGCGGGAUUGAGGUCUCCAUGCAGAUAACACCCGGCAAGCACUUCAGCUACUCGGUCACCAACCUCAACAAGACGUCGGUGCUGUUCGUCUCCGUGUCAUUCAUCCUGCUGAUGGUCAUCUCGCUGGCCUGGCUCCUAUUCUACUACGCGCAACGCUUCCGCUACAUCCACGCCAAGGACCGACUGGCGAAGCGGCUGACAUGCGCAGCGAGGAAGGCGCUGUCGAAGAUACCCGUCCAGACGCUGAAGUCUGGAGACGAGCAGCUGGACGAGUGCGAGUGCUGCGCCGUCUGCCUGGAGCCGUACCGGGUGGCCGAGCAGCUGCGCAUGCUGCCCUGCAACCACGAAUUCCACAAGGUGUGCGUGGACCCCUGGCUGCUCAAGAAUAGGACGUGCCCAAUGUGCAAAAUGGAUAUUCUCAAGUACUAUGGCUUGAGCUCGGUCAGCGAGGAGAGCAUCAUCCACCUGGAGCUGAACAGCCGGCCGGAGCGGCGCAGCUCGCACCUCGAGUCCGCCGUGUUCGUCGCCGGCCGACGCUCGCCGGCACGCUCCGUCAGUCGCGCCAGCCUCCAGAGCAUGUCCCUGGUGAUGCCCAGCCCGGCCUGCGUGGAGAGCUUGCACAGCUGCGGUCUGGCAGCCACUGGCGCCCUGCCGGCGCGUUCGCGACGCAUCUCGUCGGUG